GGGCCGGCCUCUGGCUCCUUCUUCCUCCGCAUGUGGCUGGCGGCCGCAGAGCAGUUCGGUUCGCGCACUCCUCGCCGCCCGCGCCUCCUUCGGGCUCUCCUCGCGUCACCGGAGCCAUGGCGUUCGCCGAGACCAACCCGGCGGCAUCCUCCCUGCCCAACGGCGAUUGCGGCCGCCCCGGGGCGCGGCCCGGCGGGAACCGGGUGACGGUGGUGCUGGGCGCGCAGUGGGGCGACGAAGGCAAAGGCAAGGUGGUGGAUCUGCUGGCGCAGGACGCCGACAUCGUGUGCCGCUGCCAGGGAGGAAAUAAUGCUGGCCAUACAGUUGUUGUAGAUUCUGUGGAAUAUGAUUUUCAUCUUUUACCCAGUGGAAUAAUUAAUCCCAAUGUUACUGCAUUCAUUGGAAAUGGUGUGGUAAUUCAUCUACCUGGAUUAUUUGAGGAAGCAGAGAAAAAUGUCCAAAAAGGAAAAGGUCUGGAAGGCUGGGAAAAAAGGCUCAUCAUAUCUGACAGAGCUCACAUUGUAUUCGAUUUUCAUCAAGCCGCUGAUGGUAUCCAGGAGCAACAGAGACAAGAACAAGCCGGGAAAAACUUGGGUACCACAAAAAAGGGCAUUGGCCCAGUUUAUUCCUCCAAAGCUGCUCGGAGUGGACUGCGGAUGUGUGAUCUUGUUUCUGACUUCGAGGGCUUCUCUGAGAGGUUCAAAGUUCUGGCCAACCAGUACAAAUCUAUAUACCCCACUUUGGAAAUCGACAUUGAAGGCGAAUUACAAAAACUCAAGGGUUACAUGGAAAGGAUUAAACCAAUGGUGAGAGAUGGAGUUUACUUCCUCUAUGAGGCCCUACAUGGACCACCAAAGAAAAUCUUGGUAGAAGGUGCGAAUGCAGCCCUACUAGAUAUUGAUUUUGGAACUUAUCCUUUUGUGACCUCUUCAAACUGCACGGUUGGAGGUGUCUGUACCGGGCUGGGGAUGCCCCCUCAAAAUGUCGGAGAAGUAUAUGGGGUCGUGAAAGCCUACACGACUCGAGUUGGCAUCGGGGCCUUUCCUACAGAGCAGGACAAUGAAAUUGGAGAAUUACUACAAACAAGAGGUCGCGAGUUUGGGGUAACCACUGGAAGGAAAAGAAGGUGUGGCUGGCUGGACCUCGUUUUGCUCAAAUACGCUCAUAUGAUUAAUGGAUUUACUGCGUUGGCACUUACCAAAUUGGAUAUUUUGGACAUGUUUACGGAAAUCAAAGUUGGGGUUGCUUACAAGCUCGAUGGUGAAAUCAUACCUCAUUUCCCAGCAAACCAAGAAGUCUUAAAUAAAGUUGAAGUUCAAUACAAGACUCUCCCAGGUUGGAACACAGACAUAUCAAAUGCAAGGACAUUUAAAGAGCUCCCUGUUAAUGCACAAAAUUACGUUCGAUUUAUUGAAGAUGAGCUUCAAAUUCCAGUUAAAUGGAUCGGUGUAGGUAAAUCCAGAGAAUCUAUGAUUCAACUCUUUUAAGGACCUCCAGUGACACAAGAAACACUCCUUGAGGGGGCGGGGGGGAGAGGACUUUCUGAAAUACUUCAUUUAUGAUCUGCAAAUUUCAAGAAUAAAGACAUUGGAGUGAGUUUGAGAAUAAAGACAUUGGAGUGAGUUUCGAGAAUAAAGACAUUGGAGUGAGUUUCAAGCCCUGCAGGUGUUCCCAGUCAUUUAAGGUGGCUGGCUGGUGUGGAGAGAAACUUCGGCGCAGUCCAGGGUCCGCCGCCUUCGCUGGCAGAGUCGCCGAGUCACAUUUUCCUCCUGCUCACGGUGCCACGUUUUCCUUCAGUGUUUAGUCCUAGUACGAUCCAUGUUCGAAAUCUAAGAGAAUUCCUUCCAGUGUAGUUCUUCUUCAUGACUGUUGUUGUGCUUUGUUAGGUUUUACCUCUAUUAAAUGGUAAGAACAAUUAAUGCAGUUUUGCACAAAUAUUUUUACAUUCUGGUCAUUCAAUUUGUCGUUGUAAUCUUUGCUGUUAGAAAAAAAGGAUGAAAAGAAGGGUUCUGUAAACUUUUGUAAUGCUUUAAGUUCUGUUUAACUUGUGAACUGUUUAGUUUCUGCUGAGACCAUUGCAAAUUUGAGCUUUGGCAGGGGGGGAGGGGGUUAUAUUCGUGUGUCCUUUAAUUUGUACAGAACACAAAACUUACUUCUCUCUGUAAAUUAUUUAAUACAUUGAACAUUUAAUUAAAUGUUUGGAGAAGGGCGUUCCCUAAGACAACAAUCUUAAUGUUAAAAAAAAAAAAUUAGUCAUUAAAAGAUCAUUGUGCUAACUGGUGGAUAUUUUUCUUUAAUUUCAGGCAUUAACUCUGAAAUGUAUAGCUGUCGUUUUUUUUUUUUUUUUUAUCUUACCAUUAUUUCUAAACCUAGUGGAUUGAUUUUUCAACAUUGUGCCUGCCGGUUUGCCUACAAAAUCAUCUAUAAGUGUCCAAAUGAAUUCAAAUUGUUGGUCAUAAUUUUGAUUGUGCCUUUAUUUUUUCUUUCUUGGGAAAAAAAGAGGUGUUGUUCUGACAAUUAGGCAUCACGUAGUGUGUUGUAGAUUAUCCUCUGAUGAACUAUUUUAAAUGUUUAAAUUAGGUGCCACUUAAAUUUAUUUUAUUAUACCAUCAAUAGCUGAUUAAAAUGAACCAAAUAUUUCUAGUAUGAUUUGUGUAUUGUGGUUUUGUUCUGUAGGAGAAGUACUAGCAACACUUGGAUAUAGAAGCAGCAGCUUUCUCCCUGUAGAAUGUAGGGAUGAGGUGGGGAGAGAUCAAAACAGAAUCUUAGAAAAGAACAUUAACCUCUUUUGUCUUCACUAGACAUACUUUCGUUGAUACUUAGUUCAGAAAGUUCUACGAGAGAGGCAGCCUUGUUGGUUUCAAUAAACAAAAAGGAUCGUACAGAUGAUCUUACAAGCCCAUUAUGGGUCAAUAAUGGCUUUUAUGUAAAAAUAACUUAUAUUUCGUAUACAAUAAAUAAUUUUUAUCUUUUUCAGCAGAAAUUGGAUGGGCUUUUAUUUCUCCUAACCCUUUAUCUUCCUGCUUGAAUUUCAAAUUAGGUUGAGUUGAAAUUAGGUUUUUAAGUUCACAUUCUCAUCUUGGCUGUAAGCGUUGCUUUAUUGAAACAUAAUUUUAGUAAUGGUCCAGAGGCAGAUGUGAAGAACUCACUUACCAAAGAGAUUACUUUAAAAAUAAAUAAAUAAACUUAAAAAAAAAACCCACAAAACUGUCUUGGGGGCUCCUGGCUGGCUUUGCCGGAAGAGCAUGUAACUCUUGAUCUUGGGUCAUGAGUUUGAGCCCCACAUUGGGUGUAGAGAUUACCAAAAAAAUAAAUAAACUUUAAAAAAGAAAAAAAAAAACCUCAUUCUCUGAAUCACUGAUUUUUUUUCCCCCCUACCAAAAAACAUCAAUCUCCUAUGGAUGUUGAUAGACUUUGACUCCUUUUUGACUAGGUUGAUUGAUUCUCUCCUCUCUGUGAGCUGUUUGCUAAUUAAAUUGGUUAAGAGAGAGGUUCUGUUCUUCAGAUACAUUUCAGUCUUUGCAGUCCCAGGUAACUAUAUUCCAGUAAUAAGUCUUCACUAACAAGUGUGUAUGCUAGAAUCUGCUAGGUGUUGGGUAUUUUGUCGUGGGGCAGCAUGUCAGAUAAACAUACUUGCGAGGGAUAUGUGCUACGAUGGGAAAGUGCAGGGUGCCGUGAAACAGAAACAGAACUUAAUGUAAGUCUGGAAAGGGUCAGAGAAGGCCUUUAGCAGAAAUAGCAUUCAAACGGACCAAAAGGAUGAGUAGUCAGAGGGCCGUGCAAAGGCCUGGAGGCUGGAAACACUUGGAAAGUUGGAGGAACAAAAUGAGCGAGGGGCUGGCGAGGCUGAUGAAGUUGGCAAGAAGUUGGAGGAGGACCCCACCAAAUAACCAAAAUAUGUUUCCUCUAAAAGGAAAGCAUUAGGCCAAAACGCUUAAGGGGACCUAAUGGGGAAAUGGAAAAACUAAAACAGAAAAGUGCACUCCAGAUCUCAAAGCUCAGUAGAAGGUAACUAGACGGCAGAACAGGAAGUUUCCAUGGGGAGACGGCCUAUUUAGUAUAUACUUUUUAUAAUUAACUGGCUGAUGUAGCCAAAUGCCCUCCACAAAUGAGUAUGUGAAUUUAAUGCCUUUCCGGUCAGAAUUGCCAGGGGGUUGUCUACUGGGCAAAAUUGCACUGAAGCUUUGGUGGAAAAAUGAAUGUGCAAGAAUUCCUAAGAUAUUUUUGAAAAAAGAAUGUGUUGAGAGGUGUUUCCCCAGCAGAUGUUAAAGACAUUAUAAUGCUACUAUAGUCAAAGUAUGUGAUCCUGUCAUGGGAAUGAACAAAUACAGAAGGAAAAUGGACUGGACAUUUCAGAAAUAGACGCGACCUACAUGCACAUAGGAGCUUGAUAUGGGCUAAAAAUGGCAUUUUAUGUCAUUGGGAAAAGGAUGCAUUAAAGAAAUGACAGCAAGGAGGGGUUGUUUUUGGGGGCAUGGGCUAAAUGGGCAAGGGGCAUUAAGGAAGACAAUUGUUGGAAUGAGCACUGGUUGUCAUACAUAGGGGAUGAAUCACUGGAAUCUACUCCUAAAAUCAUUAUUGCACUAUAUUGGGUGUAAAUUAAAAAAUAAAUAAGGGCACCUGGGUGGCUCAGUCGGUUAAGCGUCCUACUGCGGCUCAGGUCAUGAUUUCACAGCUCGUGAAUUCGUGCCCCACAUCGGGCUCUGUGCUGACAGCUCAGAGCCUGGAGCCUGCUUCGGAUUCUGUGUCUCCCUCUCUCUCUGCCCCUCCCCAGGUCAAGCUCUGUCUGUCUCUCUCCUUCAAAAAUAAAUAAAUAUUAAAUUUUUUUUUAAUUUUUAAAAAAUGACAAAUACAAUCUCAAAUAUGAACUUCAGAUUGAAUAAAAUUCAAAUUAAAAAAUUUUUUAACCAAUGAAAGUAAUAAAGGAAAAUAACUUCAGGAGAGCCUUCUAAACAAAAGUAGGAAGCUUGUAAACCCUAAAGAAGUAUGUACAGAUUUGACCAAAGUAAAAAUUUUUAAAUACUUAUGGACAAAGCUCAUUAAAAAACAAACAAAACAAA